AUAUCUCAUUAAGAAUCUCAAACUUCAAUUAGAGCGAAUUGAUAAAUAUUAAUGGAGUGAAUGGACAAAUGCUCAAUUUUUUUAAAGGAAAAAGGAAACGCUCACUCUCGCGAGGUUAAGAAAAACGGAGACAACUGAACUGUUUGAUUGAUUGUAUCGUUUUAAUUCCGUUGAUCCUCGUCUGUCGUGUGUAUCAACACUUCUUGCUUGUGUACUACGGUGGCAUAAUUGCAUGCUAUGCCCCAUGGUUUACGGUGGUGUUGAAAAAAGAAAAGAGGAAGAAAAACAUAGUGAAGGAAAAAAGUGUUAACCCUGCAGUAGUCGUGAGGGUCGCGAGGAACUGGCCACCCGAGACAGGUGUGUGAAAAUCGUGUGUUCUCUGCAAAUACGUCGAUACAAGAUAUUAUCCAGUGCGAAUGUUAGAAAAAGAAUAACACAUUGCAGCACCGAGAGAUUGUAGUAAGAAGAAUAAGAAAAAAAAAACGAAGCGAAAAAGGAACAUCGAAAACCCAAAGACACGAUUAAUCUGACCCGAUUUUUUUCCCUAUUAUUGUGAAAUAUCAACAAGUUCGUCAUUGAGGAAUAGUACAUCGCUCGCGUAGUAGUAAAAUCGCGUAAGCGCGUGUCUCGUCGCAAUUACUUUUGUUUUUGUUUUUUUUUUCGUCAACAGUGCUCUCUUAUAUUAAAUGUAAUUGUCCCGAUUUGUGAAUCGUUAUAAUGGCUGGAAUAUUCGAUAUUGAAUUGCACGAUGGCGACAACGUUGAUCAGGAUGAAUCUGACGACGACAUCAUCGAAGCUGCUGAGGGCGAAUACGACACUGCUCCCAAUGUCAAUAAUUUGGUCGAAGAUGAAAAUGUGGAGAGAGUUCAAUUGUCCGAGCAGAAUGUGAAUCCUGGUCAGGAGAAAGUUGGUCCUCAAGACUUUGAAUUAUGCAAAAUUUUGGGAGAAGGUGGUUACGGUAAAGUUUUUCAAGUUCGAAAAGUAUCGGGCAAGGACAAAGGGAGCAUUUUUGCCAUGAAGGUUCUGUGCAAGGCGUCGAUAAUCAGCAAUCAAAAAGACACUGCUCAUACCAAAGCCGAAAGGAACAUUUUGGAAGCGGUCAAACAUCCUUUCAUCGUUAAUCUUAUUUAUGCCUUCCAAACUGGAGGGAAAUUGUAUUUGAUACUGGAAUAUUUGUGCGGAGGGGAACUCUUCACCUACCUGGACAGAGAAGGAAUUUUUCUGGAAGAUACCGCCUGUUUUUACUUAUCCGAGAUCAUUCUCGCUUUGGAGCAUCUGCACAAACAAGGAAUCAUAUACCGAGACUUGAAGCCUGAAAAUAUACUUCUCGACCGUGAAGGACACGUGAAGCUCACAGACUUUGGUCUCUGCAAAGAGCACAUACAGGAAGGCACAGUUACGCACACAUUUUGCGGUACCAUCGAAUACAUGGCACCGGAAAUACUAACGAGAAGUGGCCACGGAAAAGCCGUUGAUUGGUGGAGUCUCGGCGCUCUGAUGUACGACAUGCUGACUGGAAUGCCUCCGUUCACCGCCGAUAACAGAAAGAAAACGAUCGAAAAGAUCUUGAAAGGUAGAUUAGCACUUCCGCAAUACGUGACAGUGGACGCUAGAGAUCUCAUAAGAAAACUUCUCAAGAGACAAGUAGCACAAAGAUUGGGUUCGGGUCCAGAGGACGCGCAGGAAAUAAUAAACCACCAUUUCUUCAAGCACAUUAAUUGGCAGGAUGUAAUUUCAAGGAAAUUGGAUCCUCCGUUCAAGCCUUCACUCAAAAGUGCGGAUGACACGUCCCAGUUCGACGAGCAAUUCACGACAACGGUGCCGGUCGACUCGCCAGUGGAGAGUAAUCUAAGCGAGUCCGCAAAUAUGAUAUUUCAAGGUUUUACGUACGUCGCCCCCAGUGUUCUCGAGAGUUUGUACAGUCAGCCAAAGGUCGUGAAUUCGAGAAGUCCUCGUCGCGGGCUCUUGAGCAGUAGUCAUAGUUCGAGUCGCCAUGGUUUUUCGCCGAGGAACGUAGACUUCGCAUCUCGUCAUCAACCAACGCACUUUCCCCAUCUGCAGCAACAGCACAGGUUCCAAGGAUUAGGUCACAACAGCAUGGAAGACGCGGAGAUGAUGGACGUCGGUCACUUGGCCGGUCACUUAUAGUCGAACGGUAUAAUAAAUCGCGCGCUUUCGGAAAGUCGUCGGGUUUGCAUUGUCAGACCGAUAUAUUCCUCUUCUCUUUCUCUCGCGUAGAUUUAAUUCACGCUCUUUAACGACGUAAGCGAAUGAUUUUUUCGGUAUGUUCGUAUAGCACUUGCCAAACGGUUUCUCAGUGUUUUUUUCCGGGAGAUAUACGAUUCACGACGUACUAGAACGACGGAGUGAAGAAUACUUAAAAGGAAUAAUAGAGAGAGGAAGAGCAGGAGAGGAUCCAAAUGUGCAAAUACAUUUAUAAAUAUAUAUAUAUUUAUAUAUAUUAUUGCUAAAUAUAUAUAUAUAUAAAAAUAUAAAGCGAGCGCACCACUGCCGCGCAACGAUUAGAAAUAAGUUCCCGGCGACUACCAUUUUAGCUAACCAAUUCACCACAAUUCUGAAAACUUCUGAGAAAACUGGAAGGGAAGGACACGAAGAAAAGAAAAAAAUAAGAAAAAAAAGGAUAAUAGUAAAGUGAUUAUUGAGAAGUACACGCGACGAGGCCUACGCGCACUCGCCCUAGCCCAAAUCGUUUAUUAUCCUGUUACAAUAGUCGGUAAUUGCGAACAGAUGAAUUAUAGAGAAAAAAAUGAAAUUAGCCCCUCCCCCGAAUGAAGCCAAACGAGGAGACGGACACAGAUAUUGUAUAUUGCUUUUGUUUUUCUUCUUUUUGAUUGUGUAAAUAAGAAAAUAAUUGUUCGAGCGAUAUGAUAAAUCGCUCUCCGUACGUUCGAGUAUCGUGCGAUUCACGAUUCUCUUUUUUUCUUUCCGUCAUUCGUAUUCGUUUAUUUGUUAUUCGUGUUUUUAUGUUGAAUUGUAAUUUUCGGUGGAUUCGUCAAACAUUUUAAAAACGUCCCAACGUUUGCCAAAACUCAGAGGAGUGAACAAAAAUUUCAUGUUUUCGAAUCGAAACGCGAACCUAUGGAAAAAAGGCCAACUCAAAUUUUCAAGAUAACGAUCCCGUCAACCUAUGGAAACAAAAAACAACAAAACGUUGCUACAUUGAUUUCAAACUGCCCAAGUGUUCACCGUAACCGUAGCCAACUAGUAUUUACCUUUUACAUAGAAAAACACGCAAAUACUUAUAUAUCUAUGUACAAAUGCAAAUGUAGAUAUAAAGAGUCGUCUAUUUAAAUCAAUACGACAGAGUUAUCUGGAAAAAAUGAGGCCGUGGUACUGAAUUUUUCACAUCCACGGAUUUCAAUUUUAAAGAGAUUUUUCUUGAAAGAAAAAAAGAAUUCUGCGUUCAAAUACCUUCACACCAAAAAAGUUGAUAAAAUUGUACGUUUGCUAAGAAAAAGUAAAAACUUUUUUUUUGUUCUAACGACUAUUACAGUCUUGAAUGAAAUUUUUUGUUCUCCGGCCUUAUUUUCAAAAACGAUUCGUCGUGUCAAUUGAAAUAGUAAACUCUGAAUAUUUACAUUUUAUGAGUGCAUAUUUAUAUUAUACAUACACGAAUAUUGACAUAUACAUGAAUAUUGAAAGAAAAAAAUUAAUAAAUUGUAGAGAAAAACGAAUUUUGUGAAGUUACGGUUGAAUAUCGUGUUGUUGAUUCAAUGCAUCCGAGAGUAGUAGAAAUAUUGCUCAGCUCAUUUGUAUAGAAAUUUUUCCGUAUUAGCUCCUUUUUCUCUGCUAGCCCCCUUCUCUUAUCUCGAAAAUCGAAUAACAUUGUCGGACACUUGGUAAGUGAUCUCGUUGCUUGUGAAUUUCGAAAGUCCUCGUAAAUGAAAAUUUCUCUUAUCUUCGCUACUUACAAAGCAGCUUUCUAUUUGCCCGUAAUCAACUUACUGUUUCGUUGAUCGUCUUUUCUUGCUGUCUAUAUUCUGCGUACAAAAUGAGGUGAUACAAACUCUGUAUACACUUAUUGGCUUCGGAUCGUUUCCUUUUUUGUUUUUUGUUUUUUUUUUUUUUUUAAUUAUGAUCAUUGUUCAUGUAAAUACAUAUACAUAUUAUAUUUGCUCAUUGGCGAAUUAAUAAAAAAGAAAAAAAAAGUUGAAGGCAAAAGGAAAACGAUUAAAUAUUGUUUUGACUAAAUGAAAUAUCGUGCGGUUGCUAAUAUUCAUGUAGCGAUUUAUUUACAUAUUAGAUAGAUGAUAACGAGAGUGUAUUGUAUAAAUAAUAAACAUCAGUUUAAAAAACAGCGAA